AUGGCCGAGACCCAACUACGGGGUCGUGACUUGGCUGGUACCUCGAUUGAACCUAGAAUCUGCACUGCAUGCAAAGUACCACGGAAGUCCAUUCCCAGUGGACCCAGCUACCAUCUCACACAGGAAAAGUCGCCGGGGCCCAUUAGAGCAAAGAAAUUCACGCGAAUGCAAGUGCACCUCCCGUCGAUUGAGCAAUCACUCGUGCACCUCUCUCGUCUUGGAAUUCUAUCUACACGUCCAAUUCACGAGCGGAAUGGGGAGGGUCGAUACUAUUACUUAGCCCAGCAUGGUAGUUUUUUGGGAGGGAAAAAUACCCUUCCCUUUUCAACAUCAUCACCGCGCAUUGACCUACGCUGCAGAGGUGCCGAAGCUCCUCUGCAUGGCCAUGGCAGGGUUUGCAGACAGUCAAAAUCAGAACCUCCCGGAGUUAACAAAAUUCUAUAUAUAUCGCCCGUCAUCGUGGUCGUCGUCCCUUGCCCUGGUCCUUGCUAG